AUGUGUGAGAACGAAAGGACGAGGCUGGUCGUCCUCGGCGGACCUGCCGUCGGGAAGACAGCCAUCGUCAAGAGGUUCCUCUACUCCACUUUCACGGAGAAGUACAGGAGUACUGUCGAAGAUCUUCACAGCAGGCAGUUCGAUCUUGGGCCAAUCACGAUUAAGGUGGACAUCUUGGACACUUGCGGCGACUCUCAGUUCCCGGCGAUGCGGAGGCUGUCUAUUGCAACGGCCUCGGCUUUCCUCUUGGUCUACUCCAUCACGUCGGAGGAUUCGGUUAGCCAGGUGAAGACCUGCCUAGAGGAGGUGCGGGAGCAGCGCGGCGAUUGGCAAGAGCUCCCAAUCGUCGUGGCCGGCAACAAGUCCGACAUGGCGGGUCACAGGGAGGUCUGUCUGGAGGAUGUCUCCGAGUGGCUCUACUGCAGCCUACCCAAGUUCAGGACGAAGCUGAUGGAAUGUUCUGCCAAGGAUGGCCAUAAUAUUCAAGAAAUAUUCAGGUGCUUUGUCAGUUUGGCGAGGAUCAUGCCACCUGCUACAACUGAAGAAACACCUUUGAAAAGGAGAUCUUCAGCAUAUGGAAGCAGAAGAGGAGGAAGCCCAGCAAGCAGCUCUGGGAGCCUGACCCCAACGACACCAUCAGCACCAAAGCCGAGGAGCAGAAGCCUCAUUCGGCGCUCCUCCAGGAAAGCAAAGCAAUGCCUUUCUGAGUCCAAUACUGAAACUGACUGCCACAUCUCAUAGGCCGUCCCCUAUUUCUUCAGUUUUUCAAUUACAUAUAAUAGUGUUUGUGUAUGGAAUUAUUUAUUUUUUGGUUUGAUUUACAUAUUUAGCAUUAAAUUUGAUUUACAUAAUUGAUUGGGAUAAUUUUAUUUAGGAAUCGUUAGAAUCAUAAAAGUGGUUCAUUUUAAAAUAGUUGAUUCACAAUGAUGUUUUGAACAGUAGUAGAAGCUUUGAGGUGGUAUUAUUGCAAAUUUUAACUUCAUAACUAGUUCAAAAGUCAUAUCUUAUUGAAACUUUUAAUUUCCUGUUUUGAAAAACCAAUAUAUGAUACAGUGUCAAUUACAUAAAAAUAUUGAAAAAUAAAAAAUUUCAAACUGAAACUUAAACGGUUCAAUUAUCAUUUUUAAUUGAUCAAAUGUAUCAUUUGAAAACUUAAAAAAUUAUAAUAUAAACACGUGGAUCUGGCAGAGCAGGCACAAAUAAUAGGUUGAAC